AUGUUUGCUGUUGUCGGAAAUAACAAUCUUCUGUUUUCUAUGGAGUUGACUGCUCUUGACCCAGCUGCAACAGAAAAAUCAUACCAAUACCAAUUCAUCCUUUAUGCUUCUUUAGAUUCUCUUGAUCUUAAAGACCAGAACGCUUUCCGCGAUUGCAUUGAUACAUCAGAACAAAAUUCCAUUAGUGCUUAUGUCACAGCUGGACAGACAGCUUUCCUUCUUCUUCAUCCUAAGAAAAAGUCUGAUUUAAUCAAGAAAUUCUUCAAACAAAUUCACACAGCUUAUGCUGAAUUGCUUAUGAAUCCAUUUUACCAAGUCGGAUCUCCAAUCGAAGAUGACAAAUUCAAAAAGGCCGUUGCUGAUUCCGUCAGUAUUAUUGUUGGCUAA